AUGGUUUUCUGUCCAUCUCAGCGACGAGCUUCCGAGCCUCCCAAACCACCCUCCGACCUCAACUCUCCCCUCAUGGAUCUCUCAUCCCUCGAAGGCGCGCCGAUGGUUAAUCCAAAAUUCAUUGUUCCGCCAGAUACAACUCCUCAUAUCCAUACAGACUCGCGUUCCAUUCAAUAUUUGCUCUCAAAACCUUUGCCCGCGAGGCCUGCUUCAACGGACCCUAUUUCGCCAAGACAGCAAAGUAACGGACUGCAUGACUGGCCACCCAAUCGCUCUACAAUCGGUGGCAAUCUAAGGCGGGCUUCGGCCCGUAGACGUACGCGCGAUCUAUCGAACCAGCUGUCUCCCAACCGUGAUCCGCAAUAUGAUGUGCGCCCACGUAUACAACACACUCCGCAUCCUCCUACGCGUCCAAGGAGCUGUGUGCCCCUCACUUGGCUCGAAGAUGAAAAGAAAUGGAUUGUUGGAGAGAUAUAUAUGCCCCCGACGCAUGAAACUCGGACUCAGGAUGAUAUAGCGUCUACUCGAUCGGCAGUCUCACCAAUUUCGCCCAUUUCACCGAUCACACCGUGGCAGGAUGUCUUUCAGCAUCUUGACGAGCAUAUCGAUUACAAUAAUCGCCUUUGUCAAGAGAAUCUGCUGAGCCCGCCCCCGCCCUAUGGUAGACACAGCUUUGGUCGAACAAAUGAGACAUAUUUAGAUGACAGGGUUUCCAGCUGGGUUGCAGCUACUCGAAGAAUACAUGAGGAUCGGCAGAAUGGAGCGUGA